GCCACGGUUGCUGCGCCGCCAAAGACUUAUCGGACGAUACUUGAUUACGGUCGUGCGCGAGAGAGAUUCGGAGAUUGUGUUUUUAGCUCUGAGCUUACGUGCGAGACGAAUUCGCGACCACGAGUAGUGUGAUAUGUAGCUUACGUGUGUAGUGUUGUUCUAGAAGAAGAAGAAGAGUGGCGAUUCGUGCUCCGAAACUUUUGUAGACGAUAUCAUGCGGAUUCUUGUCGAAGCCGUCGUCCUCGCCUGCACCGGCUGAGCAAAAAGCUCGUGUGUGGGCAUCGACGAGGAUCGUUCGCGCUUUGUCCUCGCGACACGGAGUCGAAAGGUAUCAAAAGAGACAGAGAGAGAGACAGUCUUGUAUUACUUUGGAGAGCCGAAUAAAACAACAAGGACUUUGUCGAGUGCACAAUCAUCGUCGUCAUGGGCCAAGGUACCACGACGACCGAUACCUGCAACGACAGGCCGACCGAGGUCAGUGUCAUCAGAUUCGUCUCGCGCAAUCACACCAUCGAGGAGAUCGCUCCGAAGAAGGAGGUGUAUGUUUGUAAACAGCGAGGAUGCGGCAAAAUGUUCAUCGAUCCGGAGGCGCAUAAAUCACACGAGGCUUUGGAGACGCUGAAAAUUCGAUUUUUUUGCAAAGAACCAGGCUGCGGUGCAGAAUUACCAGAUCCAGGUGAGAUGUGGGCUCACUAUCAAGAGUGGCACAAAGAUGACUCUAAUUCUCCGUUCACUAGGAAUACCACGGAACAGGCUAACAAUUGUCAGGAGGAUAAAAAACACAUUGAUUCGUUUCAUGAAAAACCUUCGAAUAGCUUAGCAAAGUCAGAAAUCAUUUAUUUCGAACUGUCUGAUGGUAUCAAAAAAGAAAAUUUUACUAAGAUCAAUAACGGAGAUACAUUUUUCAAUAGUGUUCAAAGUACUAUUGAUGAAACUGUGGAGAAAGCAAUGGUUAAACAAAACGAAUACGUUUCCAAUCACGUAACUACUGCAAUAAAGCCAAAUGAAUACGCAAUUAUUAAAGGAAAUAAAAUAUCCAGUAUACAAAAUAUUUCUCAAGAGGAUAAUAAAUAUUUGAGCUGUAAAGAUAAAUUCAGCAAAGUUCAUCCUGAGUUUCCUAAACACAAGGAAAUAGUGAUAACAAAGAAUAACUUUUUAGUUAAAUUCGAACCUAUCUCUUCAUUAGGCAGUGAUCUUAAUUUAAUAAAAGACUCUAAAACUGAUUGCAAUUCAGUUAUUGUAAAUAACGACGUUCCUUUAAAGAAAGAAUCUAAUCAUGCACAUAAAAUAGAUUUUGAAAAUUUAGAGGAUGCCUUUAAAAGAGGAUUAGAAGAUGAUAAUAUAAAAUUAAUUCAGAGUACCAGAAAAAACGAAAAUUCUGACAAUGAAGAAUAUACUCCUAAAAAGCAACGCAUGUCUAGGUCGAAACAAGAACCUUUGAAGACUGAAGCUGAUGGUUGUGAAAAUGCAUACAAAUACGUACCGCAUUUCAAAAAGCAAUCAAAUAAGGAAACUCAUAAAAUCUUGGCUGAUAUUCAUGAAAAUCCUAAAAAAUUACCACCAGAAAAGUUACAUGAUACACUGAGUAUGUCAUAUGUGCUAUAAAUUAAUUUCCAUAUAAAGCUUAUGAAAAUAAUACAAUGAAAUGUGUAAUAUUGCUUGCAAUUUAACUAGUUAAAUUUAAAAAAGGCAUUUAAGAAUAAUAAUAAGAUAAACGCAUGAAAAAAUCAUUGCAAUCAUCAAGAAACUACUUAAUUUCAAGAAACAGAUACUAGUUUUAAUUUUGUCAUUGAGCAACAAAUUAUCAUUAAGACUGACUUGGAAUAUAAGCAUCACCUUUUCUUAAAAAAUAUAUUGUUAAUGUAAAUUCACUCUUAGUACUAAAUUUAUUAAUUAGUAGGCAAAAAAGUUAUUUAUUUUAAAAAUUUUAAUUCGUCAAGCAUGUGGAUGCAAGUAUUAAACUGAGGUUUUCCUCAUACCCAAAAGGUAACUUUUGACAGAGUUUGCCAAAAAGUCUGAAUAUUGAAAAAUGUAAUAUUCAUUUUAAUAUUGAUUUUAAUUUAGUUUUAAGUGUUUCUCACUUAUUGAUGUAAAGUGUAAAAAGUUUUUAAAAAUAUUAGUAUGUAUGCAUUUUUUACAUAAAUUUAUAUUAUAUUUUUUUCUAGUUUCAAUCUGAUUUUCUGAGUAUUCAGUCUGUCAGACAGUAACUUGUAGUUAUAAAAUGUGGGGUUCAGAAGUUAGAAUAGAACAAUUAAUAGGUUCAUGAAACAAUUGUGAAUCAUUUGUUAUAUUUAUUAUAUUUAUUACCUUUGGAAUAAAGAUGUCAAUCAAAAUCAUAGAAAACGAAUUUGAUAGUGAA